AUGGGAGGUUCGGAUCGGUCACGACACCAAGUAACCUCAAAAUGGAAAGACCUCCAAAACAAAUGUAAUGCUUUCAAAUCCAUCUAUAACCGUAAGAUGAAUAGUGUGGCUAGCGGGAUAUCUGAGGCUGAUGCUUUACAUUCUUCACUAAGAGAGUAUCAGAGGAGUAUUAAUCAGAAAGCUUUUCCUCAUCAGCAAACAUGGGAUUGGUUUAAAGACAAUGCGAAAUGGCCAUUGGUUACAAAAGCUGGUGAAGACUCCCCGCCUCUUUCUUCAAAACGAACCAAAACAUCUUCAUCCAAUGCCCACACAACAUCUUCCGAUGCACAGUAUCAUCCUGGAUUCUCCCAACAACAUGAAUAG